AUGUCAGUCGAGCAAUUCGUUCGGCAGAUUGAUGCCUACCGCUUCGGCACCGGAGUGGCAUUGCUAUUCCUCGCCGCGGCAUACUCUCCUGUUAUGGGGCUGGUGCUAUCCCCUGUUUAUGGCUCCUUGCCGGCCCAUAUCUUCCACGUUUAUGGAGUGGCCAUUUCCGGGGGAGCCGGAUGGUUCUUAAAGGACCAUAUCCAGAGGCGCAUUGGUCGGACUGCUGCUUACAUUCUUCCUGUUCUGGCCUUCUGGACUCCUACUUUGCAGUACUUUCUGAUGCAGCAGAGCUCUAAGCUGGGGAACCCCGCUGGACCUGUUAUCACAGAGCUGUUUGGUUACUACCCUCUGGUUUUGUUGACCGUGGCCAUUGCGGGUAAGCAGAUCCAAUCUGCUUUGCACCUCGAGGGGCAGGGAGAGAUCCUUGCUGACCAUGUGCCUAUGCUGAGCACCUAUGCCAUCUAUUCUUUGGGGGAGCAUAUUGCACGGGCUAUCUUGUCUUAUGCCAUUGGUUUCACCUUCGUCUUCUCGCGGGCUGGACUGCAGUUCGUCAUUGCCAUCCUUUACGCCGUAGUUGUUCCUCGGACCAAGCUGCUGCUUCUGGCAAUUCCAUCGUUGCUCUUCACUGUCACUUCCGACGUUCACUUGGGCGGUAUUGGUGCUGCAAACUCUGCCCUUCAGCACGAGGGAUACUCUCUCUUGGCCCGCCAGGAGUCCUACACUGGAUAUAUUUCAGUUUUGGAGAACAACGAGGAAGGUUUCCGCGUUCUGCGUUGUGACCACAGUCUGCUUGGUGGGCAAUGGACCAAGUCAACACCGGGCUACCAUCCCAAGGUGGAGGACCCCAUCUAUGCUGUCUUCGCCAUGCUUGAAGCUGUCCGUCUAGUAGAGCCAGAUAAUGGGGUUCAUCGCGUGGAUGCAGAUAGUAAGGCACUAGUAAUUGGUCUUGGUAUCGGCACCACCCCGGCUGCUUUGAUUAAGCAUGGCAUUGAGACCACCAUCGUCGAACUCGACCCUGUCGUCCAUAAGUUCGCAACUCAGUACUUCAACUUGCCAUCCAACCACAUCGCUGCCAUAGAAGACGCAACCCACUUCGUAAAGAAGGCACAGAAAGCUGCUUGGCCCAAGUACGACUACAUCGUCCAUGAUGUUUUCACCGGUGGCGCGGAACCGAUUGAGCUUUUUACCAUCGAGUUCCUGAAGGGCUUAAGCAACCUUCUCAAAGACGAUGGUGUCAUCGCUAUCAACUACGCUAGCGACAUCACACUUUACCCUACCGGUCUUAUUGCCCGCACCAUUCAAGCAGUCUUCCCAUCCUGUCGCAUGUUCCGUGAAACUGAAGCCAAUAAUAACGACAACUCAGACUUCACUAACAUGGUUCUCUUCUGCAAGAAGACUACUGGCUCUACAAUCACUUUCCGAGAGCCGACACAGGCUGAUUACCUCGGUAGCAAGUCGCGUGAAUCGUAUAUGGUUCCGAAGAAUGAGAUGGAUGCGUCUAUGUUCUCGACUAUCCCCCCUGCUGGAAGACGGGUUCUUGUUGAAAAGGAACUUGGUCGCUUGCAUAAGUUCCAGGAUCGUGCUGCGUUGGAGCACUGGGAAAUCAUGAGAAAGGUUCUUCCAGAUGCUGUGUGGGAGAACUGGUAA